ACGAUGAAGACUGUCUUGAUCCUUUCGGGGCUUGUGGCCCUGGCGAUGGGCGUAGCCCUCCCUAAGCACCAUGAAAUCCAAGUGAAACCUGUUGAUGCUGCUUUUGCCGAGCACCAGAAGAAGAUCCUUACCCUCUUUGAGCACUCGGAACAACUUGACGUUCACGCUGAAUACUACAAAGUCGGCAAGGAAUACGACAUUGAAGCUAACAUCGCCGGUUACACUGAAAAACAUGUGGUUGAAGAAUUCUUACAGUUAUACAGAACUGGAUUCUUGCCGAAAUUCCACAAGUUUUCCAUCUUCUACGAAAGGUUGAGGGAUGAAGCUAUUGCCCUAUUCAAGCUGAUGUACUACGCUAAGGACUUCGAAACCUUCUGGAAAACCGCCGCCUGGGCCAAGGUUUGGCUGAACGAAGAGCAGUUCUUAUACGCGUACUACAUUGCUGUGGUCCAGAGGGAAGACACUGAAGGCAUUGUUCUCCCAGCACCUUAUGAAGUUUACCCACAGUUCUUCUUCAACAAGGACAUUCUGUCUAAGAUGAACGUCAUCAAAAUGCAGAAUGGAUUGUUCCAAUCUGAUUUUGCUGCUCAAUACGGCAUUGUCAAGGAAAGCGACUACUACGUGUACUAUGCCAACUACUCCAACGCCUUGACCUACCCCAACCAGGAACAGAGACUGUCAUACUUCACUGAAGAUGUAGGCUUGAACGCUUACUACUUCUACUUCCACUCACACAUGCCUUUCUGGUGGAAGUCUGGCAAAUUAAGCGCAUGGAAGGAUCGCACGGGAGAAUUCUUCUUCUACUACUACCAGCAAAUUCUGGCUCGUUACUAUUUGGAGCGUCUUACCAACGGUUUGGGAGAUAUUCCUGAGUUCUCCUGGUACUCCGAAUUCAAGACUGGUUACUACCCUCUACUGUCUGGAAACUUCUUGCCUUUCGCUCAAAGGAGUAACAACUACAACAUCCACUCUGAGAAGAACUACGAAUACAUCCGUUUCCUGGACACCUAUGAAAAGACGUUCUUCCAAUUCUUGCAGAAGGGAGAAUUCAAGACCCCUGAGAAGGAAAUGAACUACGUCGGCAACUACUGGCACAUGAACUCAGACCUGUACUCCGAGAAGAGCAACAAGGACUUGCACCAGUACUCUUAUGAGAUCAUCGCCCGUCACGUGCUCAGUGGCAGCCCCAAACCUUUUGACAAGUACACCUUCAUGCCAUCCGCUUUGGACUUCUACCAGACCUCAAUGCGCGACCCUGCAUUCUACCAGCUGUACCAGAGAAUCGUCGACUACCUUAUUGCUUACAAAGAAUAUGUCAAGCCUUACUCUUACAAUGACCUCCACUUCGUCGGUGUUAAGAUCAAUGACGUCAAAGUCAGCGAAUUAAUCACAUACUUUGAUUUCUUCGAUUUCAACGCUACUAACAGCGUGUUCUACAGUCAAGAAGAGCUCAAAUCCUACCCUACUGGUUUUGUGAUCCGCCAACCUCGCUUGAACCACAAACCGUUCACUGUUUCUAUUGACCUCAAAUCAGAUGUAGCGUCUGACGCCGCAUUCAAAAUCUUCAUUGGACCCAAAUACGACCAAAAUGGAUACCCUGUCAAUAUUGAAGAGGACUGGAUGAAAUUCUAUGAACUGGAUUGGUUCGUGCAGAAACUUGCCCCAGGUGAGAACAAGAUUGAGCGUAAAUCCAGCGACUUCACCUUCUUCAAGGAUGACUCCAUCCCUAUUAACGAGAUCUACAAGUGGUUAGACCAAGGCAAGGUUCCAUACGACAUGUCUGUUGUACCUGACAACAUGCCUAGGAGGCUGAUGCUGCCGAAGGGUACCAGCGGUGGAUACCCAUUCCAGUUGUUCGUGUUCGUAUACCCAUACAACGGAGUUAAGAAGGGAGAAGACGUGUUCCAGAACUACAUGUCAGACAACAAACCUGUCGGUUAUCCAUUCGACCGCCCUGUACAAGAAGCUUACUUCAGGCAGCCCAACAUGUACUUCGAGGAUGUAAAGAUCUACCACAAGGACGCGUAUUUACCUUAUGAGAUGAACAUCCCCUCUUACUUCCUUAACCAUAAGUAAGAUGUUAAAUAUGUCAACUUGAGUAAAAAUAGAAACCGUAAUUAAAUUGAAAUAAAUAUUGUAAUAAGUAA